AUGAAAACAUUAACUCUUUGUUUAUUAUUAUGUAUCCUGAUGACUUUGAUUGUUCAUCAAACAGCUGCAAGAUUUGGCACUCAGAAGGCAAUGAGCGAUCCCAAUUCUUUUAGGAGGCCAGACGAUGAUGAAGGACAAGAUGAAUCACGCGUGGAAGUGCCAGUCGGAAAUGUGCGUCGAAAGGGACAAACAAGGGCGAACGUUAGAAGGCCCGCGAAGAAGCAACCAUGCGGUCGGAUCAACUUUGAUGGCAGUGAUUUUGCCACUGGAGACGUCAAGGUCGACGUAGGAAACUUUGGUAUCAUCAAUGGUCUUAUAAAUGGUUGUUAA